AUGUCUGUUGUUAUUGAACCAAGCGAGCAAUUAGAAUUUCACCGUCCUUUUACGCGUGUAUCAAAAGAAUCGCUUCACGUAAAGAAUCCCGGUCCAGAACCCAUUAUCUUUAAAGUCAAGACAACUGCACCCAAGCAAUAUUGUGUGAGACCUAAUGCUGGCCGUAUUGAGGCCAAUUCUCAAAUUGAAGUACAAAUUAUCUUGCAGCCUUUUAGAGAAGAACCACCCGAGGAUUUUAAAUGUAAAGACAAGUUCCUUGUUCAAACUGCUCUUUUUCCUUCGGGAUUUGAUGAAUCUCAACAAGAUAUUACAUCCAUGUGGAGUCAUAUUGAAGCCAAUGUGAGAGACAGUAUGCAUCAACAUAAAAUUAAAUGUGUAUUCCUUGGUCCAAGACAAGAAGAAGAAACACAGCAACAUCAAGAAGUUUCUCCUAUUCCCGAACAGGUUAAAAAUACCGAGAAAGUUGCAUCAUCACCCACAUCGCCAUCAUUACCAAAUACAGCUGCGCCCACCACAGUAGAAUCACCAUCAGCACCAUCAGAGUCAGUUGCAGCUCCUGCUGCUGCUCUUGCUCCUGCUGCUACUGUUGGUGCUCUUCCCGUGACUCAACCCAAUACUACUACUACUAACAACAACAACAAAAAUCCUAAUAACACGACUACUAGUGCUCCUGUUCAAACUAUUAUUGAAAAGAAAGAAGAACCAGUUCAGACAGAACCACAAAAGAAUGAUACAACAGAACAACAAUUGAAAGAGUCUUUGGAGAAAAUUAAAUUACUUGAGAAACAAUUAGCUGAUAUCCGAAAAGAAGAAGGAUUACGUGCACGUAACUUGACAGGUACCAGUGCACGUAAAUUGGCUUCAACAGUCCAGCCUCUCGAUGCAGUCCAUCAGCAUUUGGCUGCUUUAGAAACACCACGCCCUACAGAAGGUUAUCCUCCACAAGUAGUGAUGGGUAUUGCUUUAUUAGUCUUUGUCUUUACAUAUCUUUUCUUUUAA